AUGCUGCUGGAAAUCGGACGCUUCGUGUGUUUAGCACUGACGGACGCAGCGAUGCUGCCGGCGCUGGUCGUGAUGCAGCGCAAUCGGCGGCACUUUGAGCUGUUUAUAGGCGUCUCGCAGCUCCUGAUCUCGUUUUUCUUCAACGCCGCCGAGGCCUUCGAUACGCCGCUGUUCCUCCUGGAAGACGAGUGGCAUUUUCUCUCGGAGGUGGUGUCCAUCGCCUACUUUCUGCUGCUCUGCGUCCACCUGAUGGGGUACAAAGACGAGAACCGGAACAUUGUGCUGCGCUACGUGGCCUUUGCUGGCUCGUGGCUCUUUAAGACCAAGGACAGGUCGGACGCAACGUUCUACGAAGGGUUUUUCGUGAUCUGCUACCUGCUGGGCGUUGGCUUUCGUCGACUGUUUGCUGCGAGCAAUGACAUCGCCCCUCUGAACAAGCAAAAAGCCAAGUACGCGCUCUACAGUCUUGGAGCAGCGGCGGUUGCGGGCGUUUGUGUCUUCUACUACGAAGACGAAGAGAACCACACCGCGUUGGGGGUUGUCGAGGGCUUGAUGCACAUGCUGGAUGGCGCUGCGUUCUAUUUCGCGUGGCUCUCGGUGCCGUGCAUGGACUCGAAGAAAGGUGGGGUCAUCCCGACGCACAAUCUGUACGUGUAG